AAAUUAGAAUACAAACUACCAUAUUAUCAUGUCAUGGCAUAUAGUGAGUUCACAUAGGUGCACGAAAGUAGUCUAUGACUUCACAGGGCGGACGUCGUAUCAUUUGUUAAUAAAAUUAAUUAUUGCUAUUCUUAAUGUAUACCGUUAUAAAUAUACGUAAAGAAACGUUACCGGCAACGCCAUUGCACAUCAGUCCAAGAACAGUUAGCAUUCGCUGCUGAGUUGGCAGUAUUGACAGCAACAACUCUGUAACUUUACUAUAUGUUGGAUGGUACCGUAAAUUCAAAGUGAAGUUUUGUAAUGUAUGUGCUUAAACGAUAUACUUAAAUAUUAUUACUUAAUGAACUAUGAGCGGCCAAAAAUUUCAAUAUGACGAAAGUGGUGGAACAUUUUUCUACUUUUUACUUUCAUUUUUGGCACUUCUCUUGAUACCUGGGACAUAUUAUCUUUGGCCACGUUGUCCGAAGCAAGAUCCAGAUCAAGAGGCAAAAGAAUGUCAAUGCGAUGGAUGUAAAAAGAAAAAAAUUAUUUUACAACUUAAUAAACCAUGGAAAGAAACCAAAGCUUUAUUUAAAAAAUUCCUUAUUAUAUUGGGAUGGGUAAUUCUUAUAUUUCUGGCAUACAAAGUAUCACAAUUUGACUAUGAAAUGGCCAAUUUUGAUCCAUUUGAAAUAUUAGGAGUUUCUCCCGGCUCAUCGCAAAGUGAUAUUAAAAAAGCUUAUCGUAAGCUUUCUUUGAUUCUUCAUCCAGAUAAAGAAACUGGAAAUGAAAAAGCAUUUAUGAAACUAACCAAAGCUUAUCAGGCAUUAACGGAUGAGGAAGCACGGAGGAAUUGGGAAAAGUAUGGAAAUCCAGAUGGUCCAGGAGCAAUGAGCUUUGGAAUAGCUUUACCAUCUUGGAUUGUUGAAAAAGAAAAUUCUGUAUGGGUUUUGGGAUUGUACUCAUUGGUAUUUAUGUUCGCUUUACCAAUUGUUGUUGGUACAUGGUGGUAUAAGAGUAUUCGUUAUACUGAUGAUCAAGUACUGCUGGAAACUUCAGAAAUGCAUUACUUCUUCUUUUUGAAAACACCAUCAAUGUCAUUGAAAAGAGUUAUCAUGGUUCUUGCUGCUUCUUUCGAAUUUUAUAAAAAACGAAACCCUGAAAUAGUUGAAAGACAUACAGACUAUGAAGAAGUUUAUUCACUUAUUAAGCAGUUACCUCAUUUAGGAGUUAAAAACAAGGAAGAACCAUUAUGUAAUUCUUAUUCAAUUAAAGCUAGAGCUUUAAUACAUGCACACUUAUUUCGUAUACCAUUAAAUCCGGAAACAUUGGAAAAAGAUAGACAAUAUAUAGUAAAAAAGUGUCCAUAUUUAAUUCAAGAAAUGGUUACUUGUGUUAAUAGAGUGAUUGUAUUAGCUUAUGCUAGAAGAGUCCCGCAAUUACCCAGUAUAAAAACUAUAGAAAAAUGUAUGAAAUUAUGUCCUAUGAUAGUACAAGGUUUUUGGGAAUUUAAAAAUCCACUUUUACAAUUGCCACAUAUAACUGAAGAUAAUUUGAAAUGUUUCUUGGCAAAAAAGCAUCAAAUCAGAAGUCUUCAACAAUUUGCACAAUUGAAAGGAGAAAAAAGAAGACUGAUUCUUAGAAAUUUAUCAGACAGUGACUAUGAAGAUGUUAUGAAAGUUCUUGGAAGUAUGCCCUAUAUAGAAUUUAAAGUGCGAUCUGAAGUAAUUGAUGAUGAAAACCCCACAGUUUAUACUGCUGGUGCUAUUGUAACUGUAACGGUAUCAUUAACUCGUAAAGAUAUGAAACAUUUGUUCGGGGAUGAUACGGUUAAAGAACAAACAAUGCUCGAUGAUAAUAAAGUAGGUACUGCCGAGGGUGGUGAAGAACCACCAGAAGAACAAAAUCAAGUUGUAAAAAGGCCAGCGUGGCUUAGACAAAAGAAAGGUCAAAAGAGAUCUCACAAAAAAGGCACUAGUAAAAAAUCUGCUGCUAUAAAAAAUUCACAAUCGCAAGCCCAGUCUGGUAAUGAGAAUGCUCAACAAACAAAUACUCCUAAUGCAAAGAAAAAAGAAGAUAAAGUAGAAAAAGAGUCUUCCAAAGAUAAAUUGUCAGAUAUUAGUGACAGUGACAUUGACAGUGAUAGAAGUGAUGAUGAAGAUAGUCACGAUAAAAAAGAUGUAUCUGUCGAUGAUGAUGAUAUGGAGUGGGAAAGGUUCCAGCAAAGAAUUUCAAGGAGAGAGAAAGUUCUGGAAGGAAGGAGUAAUUUAUCACAUGAAGUUCACUGCCCUCUCUUUCCAGAUGUUAAACAAGAAUAUUGGUGGGUUUACAUAUGUGAUCGCAAGAGUCAGACAUUACUGACAUCUCCUAUUUUUGUCAAGUCAUUAUCACAUUCUGAGGAAAUUCAGUUAAAGUUCACAGCGCCAAGGUGGACAGGUGUUUAUACGUUUACUGUAUGUUUGCGCAGUGACUCGUACCUUGGCUUUGAUCAAGCUCAAAAUAUUAAGUUGGACGUGAAAGAAGCACCAGAAGUACCUACAGAACAUCCUCAGUGGGAUAUUUCAGACGAAGAAACUGCAGAAGAUGUUGAUGCAGCUGAUGAACAUUCCGAGUUCACAACUGAUGAAGAUAUCAGUGACAAUGAAUAAUAUCUAUUUGUCAAAAUGGUUGAACAAAUAAUAUCCAAAAACAGUCACGUUUUUCCUGUUUUUAUUUUUACUUCUGAAAUUAAUGUACAAUGAAUUUUUAUACGUGGAAUUGCAUAAUCGUUGAUGUAUGUGGACAAUCUAGAAAAAUAGUAUGGUGUGUAAGAUUUCUCAGUGAAGAGGAAGUAAUAGUAAAUAAAAAUCAUAAUAUUUAUUUUAACAUUGUUGUUUA